AUGGAAAACGGAGGCUACGGCCAAAGAUCGUCGGGCUUCAGCCUGGGUCGCAUCAUUGGAGAUCCCUUUGCGCUGGCCACCAUAUCUAUUGGCAUUCUCGCCUGGAUCAUCGCCUUUGUCAGCUCCAUAAUAUCUGCUAUUCACGGUGGCUUCCCCAACUUCGCGUGGUGGACGCUGGUCUUCAUGUUCUUCUGCAUCACAGGUGUCACCGUCACAGUCGCCUCGGAUGCUGAGAGGACGUACCAUGUUGCGAUUGUGGGCUUUCUUGCCGCUGGCCUGGUCUUCACUACCUCAUCCGUAAACUCCCUCGUCUACUCCCCCGUCGCUCCCUUUGAAGCCGCGGCAGCCGGUUACAUCCUCCUCUCCAUGAUCGCCAUUGUCUGGAUCUUCUACUACGGCUCCCAACCCCAAGCCAGCCACCGCACCUUCGUCGACUCCUACGCCCUCCACAAAGAGCACCCAGGCUCCCGCUCCUCGCGCCCCAUAUCCAACGGCUACACCAACCGCCCGGAAACCCAAAACGCCAACAUUCCCCCGCAAAUGUACACGUCCGCCCAACUAAACGGUUUCGAAACCUCGUCCCCGGUAUCCGGCUACCCAGGCGGUCCCGCAGGUGCCAACGGUCGCAAUUCGUCUGCUCCGCAAUUUGGCGGCGGCAUGAGCAUGAAUGGCAAUAACAACACUAUGACGCCUACAAAUGACGAGCAACAGAAUCCGGAGCAGAACAUUGAGUAUCCGUACCGUGCAAAGGCGAUUUACAGCUACGAAGCCAACCCCGACGACGCAAAUGAGAUUAGCUUCCAGAAACAUGAUAUCCUGGAGGUUAGCGAUGUUAGUGGGAGGUGGUGGCAGGCUAAGAAACCGAACGGGGAGACGGGAAUUGCGCCGAGCAACUACCUUAUCUUGUUAUAG